GCAAGUCCAUAAUUCGACCAGUUGCUUUCGUCAUACAACUUUAAUCACUCUUAUCGCUUCUCGCAAGACCAAGUCAGCUAUUUAAUCGUUCAAGCUAUUCACUCCCAUCAAUAUAAAGAAGUGAGCGGUUGACGCAACAUGUCUUCCAACUUGAAAUCAACAGAUAACGCGCACAAAGUAACCGCGUCGAAGAUUCUCCGUGUUAUCGAACAAUAUGGGCUCAACCACCAACGGACAGGGUCGUGGGACGGUUUCGAUACUUUCCUGCCAAUUGUAGUAGGGCAGGUGGAGCGUAAGGAACCUGUACGCCUGCUCCUCCCCGGCUUCCCUUUCAAGUCACCAAACACGCAAGACAAAGUGCUAGGCGUGUUGCCUGACUUGGGAGAAGAGCUUGCACUGAAGCACCUUGACGGGCUAUGCACGAAGAUCGACGCUAUUUACGAGCAUGGUUCUGAGAUGCACAUUACGUCUGACGGGCUUGUUUAUAACGAUCUCCUCGGCGUUGCUCAAGAAACAGUCUGGGACUACGGCCAGACGGUGCGUCAGAUUGCCGCGGACAACGGUUUGUAUCACAUCAGCUUUCUGCGGGUUGGAGACCUGCUAAAGUACUCUGGCGAUUUUCAAUCCAGAGAAUCCUACCUGGAACAAGCAUCGAAUAUCCGGCAGGAACUGUUGUCUCGUUUCGGGGAUUCACAAUUUGAGGCAGACAUGGCCAAUAAAUCGACGUCAGACAUGCAAAUGACGCACACCAAGUAUCUCGAGUUCCUCUCGCAAGACCUUGCACUCAACGAGAAGCACAUGAAACUCUCCCCAGAAGAGCAGGCAGUCAACAUUGCGAACACAGCAAAGGACAUGAUGAGCCGGUGGAAGGCGUUCGCUGCUGCCAUGGAGGCCUCGCCGACACAGUAUGUUCGUCUGUCGAUCCACGACUCUGGGGGUAAAGAUAAGCUGUCCAUGGCUGUGGUUCCACAGCAGGACAAAGGCGCUUUGGGGGCUACGCCGUGGCAUUCGGCGGUCGUGGUUGAGCUGGAUGGGACGUGGAGGACUGUGCAGAGACACUUGAUCGACAAAGAGGUUUACGAGCUUGUGGAGCAACACGGACGGCCCUACUUUUUCCGAGCCAAGUCUGAGCUGUUUGACUGGGGGGUGGACGUCCGGUUCGAACACCUGUACCCUAGUGGGCUUGUCGUGCGGCCUGGGGAAGCGACGUCUGCGCCUUCCCUCGAAGCGAUUCCCAUGGACAAGGCGCGCGAACUGUCGCAGAGCUUUGGGUCGGUGGUGCUUCGUGGGUUCGGCGGUGCAUCGCAGGACGACGUGAUCGUGUCUGGCGAGGAGGGUAGCUGAGAGCGGGA